AUGGCUCGGCCAUUGCGUGUGGCUGGGGAGAAGAAGCUAUGGUGUCCCAAGUUGGGUAUUCGAUUCUCUCCGUCAUCAAACUCUGUUCCGUUGUACCCUCCGCUGGAUAUGUCUCGUUUCGUGCAGACGGCGAGUGAGGACAAUGAUAUCAGAAAUAAUUUCACAAACGAACCGUUUGGCUAUUGUGCCAAUGCUGUAAUGGAACAAGACUUGGCUACUCUUGCAACAACACGCCAUGAUGCCAUCCCUCAACCGAGUAAAAAUUCAACGUCGACGAAUCCCCAAAUACCACUUCAACGUCCUACCACCACCAUUAAUCAAGAAAGUGAGAAUUCACAAGGCAAAGAAGUCUCCAAACCCAAUCCAGAAGGCGACCCGGAAAUCGUUGAACCCCCGUUAACACCACUAAGCUUCAACAUCUCCCCGUCCCUCUUCUACGCAGCCCGCGCCGCCAAAGCAGGCUCCUCUGAAUCAUUCUGGUCACACACAAUGUAUCAGCGGACUAGCGAUCAAGGGGCCGUUGAAAAAGUAAAAGUUCACUACUGCACGAGCAAACAUACCACGGAACAAGUCUGCAGGAAGCACUUCCUCGGAGAGGCGGUCCUCGGCUUCGACCUCGAGUGGUUCCCCUACGCAUCCCGCAGCUCCGGAACGCGAGAAAACAUCUCUCUUAUCCAAAUCGCGAGCCCGGGCCGUAUCGGCCUUUUCCACGUGGCCAUGUUUGCCAAGGGUGAAGAUGACCUUGUCGCCCCUGCCCUACGCACAAUCAUGGAGGAUCCCAAUGUGAGCAAAGUCGGCGUCCACAUCCAAGGUGACUGCACCCGGAUGAAGAACUACCUCGGCGUCCAGGUCCAGGGUGUUUUUGAACUCAGCCAUCUGUACAAACAGGUCAAGUACACAGCGGCUAAGACGCCCAAGCUCAUCAACAAGGUGGCAGUAGCUCUGUCAACGCAGGUACAUGACAUUUUGAAGUUGCCGCUAUUUAAAGGCGACGUCGUCCGGUCGAGUAACUGGAUGAAGCGGUUGGAUUACAAGCAAAUUUUAUAUGCGGCAUCCGACGCCUAUGCCGGUAUACAGUUAUACCAUGUCCUCGACUCAAAACGCAAAAGACUAAAUCCGUGUCCCCCAAGGCCUCACCACGCCGAACUAGGUCUCCCGAUCCCAGUUGUGGAGUCGGAAUCAAAGCCAGAAGAGGAAGCAGGACAUCUAUCUGACGGCUCCUUUAGCUCCUUCGGUUCGGAACUCGAAGCCGAGCUGCUAGCCUUGCCGCUAAUCCCAGCCAAACCUCCAGUACGCGAUGCUCGUAUCCUCAUAGCCGAGAAAAAAGCAGCCGAGUACCGCAAAUCCAAGACUUCGGGCGUCUCGGCGCCGCCGACUUCCCUAAGAGCAUACUUUGUCUGGCACAGCAACUUGGACCUCAAUCCCGAAGCCGUUGCUCAACUCCUGAGAGAUCCGCCACUGAAAACAAACACUGUUGUGUCGUAUAUUCUCGAGGCCAUUGUCAGUGAAAAGAUGACCUAUGAUAAGGGGAGAUUGAAAUCCGAGGUAUUACCCUUGUUGGAUCAGCGUGCUAUGAAAGUGGGCAGUAGGUAUGGGGCCUUGGUGAGAAGUUGUGAGAGGACUGAUGAAGAAACGUGA